AUGGACGGAGUAGAAGCGAAGGAUUUCAAAGUCCCUAUAAUUCCUCUUUUAUUUUACCAAGUGAAACCUCAUCACCAAGGAUAUUCGAUACCUCCUGAAUUUAAGCCAUGGGAUGGUUUUUCUUCAAAUGAUGAAAAUGAUUCAGAUGCCCGAUCAGAUGGUGCACAGAGGGCCAUACGUGUCGAGAUUAAGCAAUCCGUUCCUGAAGCGAGCGAUGCAGAAGCUGCUGCUGCAAUUUCACAUGUAAUGACGACACUCAAAUCGAGCAUACAUGUUGAUACAUCCACUGUUCCAGAAAUUUCUGAUAGCAUUGUAAAGUCACCAUUGGCUUAUGAAGCCUCUGAUACUGUAAAUGAUCAAGGUGAUAAUAUCGAUUCCAAAAUUCAAACGCACAUACAUGGGUUAAAUGCAUCUAUAUUAGAAACUGUUAAUAUAAUAUCAAAAGGGGGUGAUGUGACAAAGCUUCUAGUGACAGGCGAAAUAAGCGUAACGUACAAUGAUUCGAUAAUACGUGACAAUUCGACGCCGAUUCAGAUUCGGAUAAAUAAUUUUGACACUCUAGAAAAAGCUGUGCCGAAUACGUCUUAUCUUUCAUCUGCCUCAGAAGUCCCUGGAGUUUAUGAUCUUAAUAUUGGACUGUUAUCUCUAGCUGGUAGUACACCGGUGGUUGUCAUGAAAUAUCAACUUCAUGUCGAUCCUCAACAUAAAAGCGCCUUCGUGCCACUUCACGUCACUCCAAAAUGGAAAUGUGAAUCAAAUCAAACUUCUUUAGUUAUUUCUUAUGAGGUCAACCCUGAAUUCAGACUCUCCGGAACAUUGACAGAACUUUCUUUCAUAGUGCCUGUUGAUGGAGAAGUUAAAACGGUACAAUCUAAACCAAGUGGUAUAUGGAGCGUGGAGAAACAAAGAAUGUAUUGGCAAGUUAGUAAUGCAGAUUUGGCCACUCCUUAUGAACUAAAAAGAAUUUUGGCUCGAUUUGAGACAUCGCAAACAUCUCAGCCGGCACCAACUGCUGUCAAGUUUUUAUGUGAAGGACAAUUAUUAAGUAAAAUAUCUUUAGAAAUUGUACAAAAUAUUCCAAAUGGAAAUGGUAUCCUUAAACAAAGUGAUAAUUCAAAAUGUGAAAAUAUAUCUAAGUUUCAGAGUAUCUUGUAUCAAAUAGCCAGUGGCAAAUUUCUUGCAUCUCCAUAA